AUGACCACCACUGAUAUCCAUGAAGAGCGCUCUGGGGAAGUCUCGGAGAAUGAGCCUCUGUUGGAACAAUCUGGUGAUGUUGUCCAAGAGAACAUAUGGGUCAAUUUAGUCUCGGAUGUCGCUGGUCUUGCUCAGUUUGGAAUUUGGGUUUUCGCCGCCCUCGUCUGGACCAACAUCCUAGCUCAACCAAUCAUUCUCUUCUCAGCUCAUCCACUUCUCGCCAUAUCAGGCCUUUUACUUCAAAUCCAAGGAACUCUUAUUCUUCAACCCACUUCUACCCCAUCCCAAAAGCGUAUCGGUGCCCGCGCCCACUACACAAUUCAACUACUCAGCACCAUCCUUUUUAUCAGCGCCUUCAUCGUCAUCGAAGUAAAUAAAGGCUCUCAUCCCCACUUCGCCUCCGCACACGGCAUCCUCGGCCUUCUCACUAUCAUCUUCGUUGUACUCCAGUCUUCCUUCGGCAUCGUUCAGUACUUCCUGCCAGUUAUUGUCCUGGGCAGCGUGGACAAAGGAAAGAAACUUUACAAAUACCAUCGUUGGAGCGGAUAUGUGGCGCUGUUGGUGCUGGAGAUUCCGACUGCGAUCUGGGGGGCGACGCAGACGGACUUCAGCAUAAAUGUUUUGCAUAUCCCAUUGUGGGCUGUGCUUGCUGCGUCUGCUGCGGUGAUCAUUGGUGUGGGUGCCAGGAUCAGGAAGCACAAGUUGGGACUUUGA